GAGUUGGAACAACAAUUGGAGCAGGAGUCAGCUGCUCUCUCCGCUUGUUGCUAUGUUGAGCUUGCUUCUCGAUGUCCAUCUGCUGGGAGUGCUUAUCAUUAUGCUUAUAUUUGUCUUGGUGAAGGGAUUGCUUGGUUGGUUGGUUGGGAACUAGUGUUGGAUUAUAAGAUUGGUGGAUUAGCCAUUGCACGUGGCAUAUCUCCAAAUCUGGCAUCUUUUUUUGGAGGGUCAGACAAACUUCAUGUGUUCUUAGCUCGACAAACCAUACCCGGACUUGGUAUUGUGGUUGAUCCAUGUGCAGCACUGCUGGUUAUUAUUUUUACAAUACUACUAUGCUUUGGGAUAAUGGAGAGCUCAUUAGUACAAGCAAUUGUAGCAUCAGUAAAUGUUUGCACAUUGAUGUUCAUCAUAGUAGUUGGUGGAUAUUUAGCUUUCAAGACUGGCUGGGCUGGAUAUGAUCUUCCUGAUGGCACAGCUGAGGAGUUACAGAAGAGGAUGUUUAGUCCUAUUAUUGUUGGAUUGGUCCCUUACUAUACUUUGGAUCCUGAUACUCCUAUCUCCUCUACAUUUGGAGACAGUGGGAUGCAAUGGGCAGUCCAUGAAUCUUCAUGGCAAUGGCUAAGGAUGGACUUUUGCCAGAGUUUUGUUCUUACAAUGAAUAUGUCGAUUUUCUGGUUCUUUCUGUUCUGCUCUUAA